GGAGAGUUCGACGAACGUGCCGUAGAUAGCACACCGGAAGUAGUACUACACGCCAGCGUCUUCGUCGUACAAGCGCUUCCGCCCUUAAGCUACAAUACGCAACAUGGCGGGAGCGGAGUCCGUGCAGCAGUUCCAGAGCUUUUCCGAGAGUGAUAAACAAUGGAGGGCCCGAAGAGAGUUCCUGCUAAAAAACCUUGGCAGUUUCCAAGGGGAGAUCGAAGAGGAUAGAUUGCUAGCUUUGUCUAUGGUCUGGGCCAACCAUAUAUUUAUGGGCUGCCAAUACAGUGAGGAACUUUUGGAAAGGGUAUUUGAUAUGGCAGAAGGGAUUGAAGUAGAAGAUGCUCCGCACUUUACAACUAGAGAUGAAAUCAUGAAACGGAAUCGAUAAUUUGUGGAGUGUAUUAUGGAUUAUUAUGACUGAUAUGUUAUCACAGUACUUGAUAGGAUUGACUGCAACUGUUUACGCAAGAAUUUAUUCAUGUGAGAAACUGAUUAUCCUGAAAGUGUAACUUUUUAAAAACUUGAAUAGUGUCGUGUGAAACACCAGCAAAAAGGCAUUAUUUUACUUUUUAUUUUUUUUAAAUGUAAUAAGACUUUAUAUAAAACUGUUUUUUUUUUGUUUUUGUUUUUUUUUUAUCAUGCUUCUAAUGACAGCCAAACAGGUAAUUUUGAAACAAAAAUAAAUCAUGAUGAACUGAAA